UCCCUCACGCACAAGAACGCAGAAAGAUCGACGCUCGAAUUCCUCAGCGAGAGAUUCGAACGGACGAUGAGUGCAGGUAUGCAACAGCUGAUUGCCAAGACCGCGCGCGAGGUGCUGCAGGAAUCGGACGCGGACGAGGUGACCGAGCACCAGCUGCGAAUGGAGGUGUCCAAGAGGCUCGGAGUCGACCUCGCGCUUCCCAAGCACAAGGCGAUCGUGAGCCUGGCUAUGCAGUCGUUCCUCGAAGGAGGACGAGUUCCAGAGGACGUCGGUGGGGACGCACACGAAGAUCGCGAAGCAGGCGAAGAUCCGGAGAGAUCCGAUGCUCCUAAGGAGUACACCGACGGCGGCGACCUCGUGAUUUGCAAACUAUCUGAGCAGAGGAAAGUGACGGUGGGCAAGUUCAAAGGAAAGCCUCUGGUGUCGAUGAGGAAAUACUACAACAAAGACGGGAAAGAGCGUCCUUCGCCCAAUGGCAUAAGCUUGACAGCCGAUCAGUGGCUCGCCCUCAAGAACAGUGUGCCCGCCAUCGAAGCGGCCAUCAAGAAGAUGACGUCCGGCUCCUAGGGAGACUGCUUCAUUUAGACCAAGAUUUCAAACUCAUCCCCAUUUUAAACUUUAGCCUCCAUGAAUUUGCCAAUUAGACCUGAAACCGAGUUCUUCUGCUCUGCUUCGAGCUCCGUAGCUUUUGCUGCGUAGCAUGAGUACAUGCUGGUACAGGCCGCAAGGACACCGGAAGUAGCAUCG